CAUGAGCUUACGCCGCUGUUUAUAGCCAACCGUGUCCAGUAUGCCGACUGAGACGAACACAUUCACUUCUUCUACCGGAAUUCAGCCGCCUCUGAUAUCCUCUCCAAGCUCCUUCUCCAGCGUGUUACCCACGAUUUCACCCUCCUUAACCUCAACAUCUACUGCACCCGGCCAAACGCCAGCGUCCUCCGAUAUCGAACUGCUCACGUCUCGCCGAUUGGACUUCAUCGUAGCGGGAGCGGGUAGCCCCUCUAACAUCUCCGACUGGCUUUCGACCCUGGGCUCCGAUGGCAAAUGGCCAGACUCAGAGGUAGAUUACACCGCAGGCUGUCCUGCCCGUCGCGCAAAUUGGCCUGCACAAGAACAUUGGCAGCGGCUAGUGACGAUGGCAGCUGCCUGGCACGGCGGCCUGUCCGGUGCCGAUCAGUGGGUCAAUGACUCGGCGUUACUGGCUGCAAUCCAUUCGGCGAUGGAUUAUUGGUUCGAAAACGACUUUCAAAAUCCCUCAUGCCUCGGCUCCGGCGGCACAGCCGCGUGUCCUUGUGGGACACCCGGUCUGUGGAACACUAACUGGUUCUCAAACGUAAUACUAAUCCCUAAUCUUGUCGCUCAAAGUUGUCUGCUUGUCGCCGACAAUCUCACGGACACGCAGCACGGAAACUGCACGAACAUCACCGGCCGCAGCUAUGAAACGUUCUCCAACAACAUGCUCAGCGCCGGUAUCCUCACAGGAGCCAAUCUCCUUGAUGUGUCGCGCAUCGGCAUCGACGACGGGCUUCUGAAUUUCAACACGUCCUUGGUCGCCGAUGCUUACCGGAGAAUUCACGGCGAGGUCGUCGUUGAGAAUGCGGUUGCUGCGGAUGGCAUCCGGGCGGACGGCUCCUUCGGCCAGCACGGCGGCGUGUUAUACAACGGCAACUACGGCAAAGACUACACAAACGACGUCUUGCUCCUCGAGAUCGACGCGGGCGAUACUCAGUUUGCAGCAGGGCCGGAUAAUCGGGACGCCUUUGCUACCUUGAUGGACGGCAGCCAGUGGAUGAUAUAUCGUAACGUCCUGACCGACGUGUUGCAUUGGGACUUCAGCGUUCUAGGUCGUUUUAUAAGCUUUCCCGUGGCUGAUCAACAAGCCACCGGAAGCAUCAACAUCAACAUCACAGAGGUCCAGCAGUUAGGCGAAGAGUGGGACUCUGACACCUUGAUUACGGUCUAUGGUCGUCUUGCUUCGCCUUCAAAUGACGCAAAUGUCGGCGAAUUGACCGGGAACAGAAUGUUCUUUGCAAACGACUACAUGGUGCAACGGGGUUCUGGCUAUGUCACUACCGUGAAGAUGUAUUCCAAUCGCACCAAGAACUCUGAAUGUCUCAAUGACCAGAACCCGUUCGGCUUUCACCUCUCCGACGGAACGGUGUAUACAUACAUGCAAGGCGAUGAGUACGAAGAUAUCGCGGCUGCAUGGGAUUGGAAUCUCAUACCGGGAACAUCAGUGGAUUAUGAUGCCACACCACUGUCCUGCAACCAAGUUGAAUUUACGGGCCUGAACUCGUUCGUCGGAGGAGUCUCCGACAGCAGCAUUGGGAUCGCAGCGAUGAUGUACACGAACCCUGUCACGGAAGCACUUUCGUGGCAGAAAGCCUGGUUCUUCUUGGAAGAUGACGUCCAGCACGUGAUGAUCCCCAUCAUUACCUCCACACCCAACGCCUCAGUCUUCAGCGUGCUCGACCAGAAGCGCCACAACGGCGACGUCUUCGUCAACGGCGAGCCUUCGUGCGGCCAGACCAACUUCACCUCUCCGAUCACCCUCUGGCACGACAGCAUGGGCUACUUCUUCUACCCGUCGCCUACUCCGUGGCAGCUCUCGGUCGAGGCGGGCCCGAAGUCGGGCAACUGGAGCGACAUCGGCAUUUCCACCCAGGGAGUCGAAACGGUGGACCUCUUCGCAGCUUGGAUCGACCAUGGCGCUUGCGAUUCCGGCGUACCGCUCUCUUACAGCGUGUUCCCCGCUGUCUCACAAGACGAGUUCGUCCAGAAGGCGUUGGAGACGCCGUUACAGGUGAUACAGAACGACGUCGACAUUUCCGCUGUGUACGACCCCGUUCACCGAGUCGCUAUGUUCGUAUUCUGGGACAUCGCAGGGGGCUCGGCCACCUUUUACCCUUCGCCGUUCGAAGCAUCGAUAUCCGUGGCCAGCUCUGCAAACGCCGCAGUCAUCUACCGUAUCGACUCCCAAAACGUCACGGUCUCGGACCCUUCCCAAACGCUGGUCAGCUUGGACAUGACGUUCACAGUUGGAGAAUUUGGGAGGAAACCACCACGAUGGGGUUCGCAGGAAUCCAAGCAGUUAUGCUUCCACCUACCCACAGGAGGGAUGGCAGGGGAUAGCAUAUCUCAAAUAUUGUAGUGUUAUUUGCCCAUAGGCAAGCAACGAGAUCCAGAUCGGCGAUAAGCAGGACCAGGAAUUGCAGCGAAAUGCCAUAAGGAUGGAAAUGGGAGUAAUCAUACAAAUCAGAAAGGCUGCUCAGCAGUCUGCUCGUACUGAGCAGUGUAACCCUCCUGAGGUUGGUAGGCGGGCUCCUCCGCUGCGGGUGCUGGUGGUGGGACAACAGCGGCAGGUUCGCGCUGCUCGGAGGUGGGUUCAACAACAACCUUGUCGAGAGGAGGCUCGAGGAUCUGAACGGAAUCAGGAAGGGGCUUGCGGGGGCCAAGCUGACCCUCAGGGUCCCAACCCUUCAUGCUAUGGAACGAGCAAGUCAGUCCCGAUGCUUCCCACAAACA